AAUCGGGGCACAGGACAAGAGAGGGAUCUGUCCCCUCCAGCCAAUGGCUGCGGCAGUCACAGACUUUCUGGGAGCGCAUAUAAUCAACAUAUUAUCGAAGGUGCUUUAGAUAUCGAUCCAGAAUUCGAGGCGGUUCAAAUUCCCAUCUACCUAACCUGCAACCUUGACCUUCAUUUUUACGCUCCCGCGGUGCAGCAGUCAAAAAUGCCGAAGAGAAAGUCUCCAGAAGGUGCAGAGGGCAAGGAGGCCUCUAAAGUCACAAAACACGAGCCAACCAGGAGGUCAGAGCGGUUGUCCCUGAGACCCGCGCCACCAAAACCCGAGGUGAAGCCCAAGAAGGCCGUUGUCAAGAAGUCUGGAGACGAUAAGGGGUCCAAGACAAAGAAAGGCAGCGUAAAGGGGAAGAAAGAAGAUGCUGCCCAGAACGGAGACACCAAGACUAAUGAGAUCUUUGUUUCUCGUCCGUCUGUCAUGGUGUCUUCUAUCAGAAAUUCGGCUCCUUCCUUGAUGUCAGUGCGGGGACAGACUGAAACAGUCAAAGUUAAGGGUAACCGAGGCAGCAGAGGAGGAGACUAAGGAGAAGGCUUGAACAUGUGCACGUCCACUGACUCGUCCCCUCUGACUUCAUGGCAGCAAAACAUCUUUUUUACAGACAAUUUUUCUAUCAUGCAGAUUUUUUUUUUAGACUUGUGAUAGUAAAGAUGGACUACCAGCAGACUUGUGCCAUAUGUUCACUCUCCUAUUCAACCCCUUUAGUGUGUUUUGCUCUCUGUAAUGCUAGAUGCCUAUAAAUAAGCAGACUGAAGUGAUAUGUUUUAAUAUGCUGGCUGCAAGUGUUCUUUACACAACGCAAACAAUUUGCCCUUUCUUCCAAAACCUAAAAAAUAUUUAAGAAAAAAAAAUUUUUUAUUAAAACCCAAAAUAUUUUCCUAAAUGUAAAUUAUAAAUUGUUCUAAUUUAACUGAAACAAAAAAGUGAAAUUAAAGCUUCUGAAUUACUAUGACAGCGCAAUUAUCUCUGGCUAUAAUAUUUAAAUUAAUUUUCCCCAAAUGUUUUGUUCAUUGUUUAUGUUAUAUAUUGCUUCUCUACUCUUGAUUUAUUUUAGAAUAUGGGUCAACAGUAUGAACUGAAAGUAACCAGGAAGCCAGUUGCCAUGGAGAACAUUUGCAGCACUGAAGCGUUAAGUUUUUAGACUUUCUACCACUGUCUUUGACAUAGAUCAUUUUGUAAGUGAGUGCUUAACAGGAUGUGUUGGUGGGUCUUGUGUUUGUGCCUCCCUCUCUUCCAACUUCUACCCGAAACCUUGUCCAGCAGCAGUGUGACUUAGCAAUAAUGAGUGGUGCCUCUGUUCUAGACGCCUCUAUUGGCUUUGGACUCUCUGGGCUUCGAAAAGGUUCUUUCUGUUUGGAGGAGUAUUUUAAAUAAAAGAAAAAAACGUGACUUUGUGUGACUCUUUUCU